AUGGGGGGCCCCGGGGCCCCUGCUGCCGGUGCAGCAGGAACAGCAGCAGCAACAGCAACAGCAGCAGCAGCAGCAGGGGGGUUCUCAGCAGAAGACCUUGAGCGGGCGAGAGCUUCAUUUCGUGUGCUGCUGGAGGUGUCUUCUUGUUUGCUGCCUGCUGCCACCACCCGCAGCAAAGCACCUAAAAAUUCAGCAGCAGCAGCAGCAGCAGCAGCAGAUGGAGCAUCAGCAGCAGGAGGGCUGCAGACUUCCGUGCUGCUGCUGCUUACUCGCCUUUGCGAAGAAAGCUGGGCCCCAGAGCUGCUUGCAGAGAUGAUUGCUGCAGCAGAAAAACACAGGAAUGAAUUCAUACAGAAGGUGCAGCAGCAGCAGCAGCAGCUGCAGCAACAGCAGCAGCAACAGCAGUGA